AUGGCCACCCUCCACUUUCCCACACGCUGGCUGGACCACACUGUCGACACGUCGAUGAGCCACGCCGCCGCUGGGGUACACAACACUAGCACGUUUGACGAUGGGGAGGCGGAUACCUUCUCAGAUGAUAUGCCAUCACCUAUUGUGGAAAUUGAGCUAGAUCAGGAGGAUGUCAUGGAGGAAGAGAUGGAGGAGGAGGCGGCCCCGGUGAAAGAAGACGAGCCUCUCUCUACUGAUGGAUCAAAAGGAGCUACGGUCCGACGGCCUGCACCAGCCUUUACACGUACUGCAUUUGUCCGUGCGACAUCCUCUGAUGCCUGGUUCCUGUCCAACUCGUACCGCCGCAAUUUUGCUUCGCGUAAAUUGGGUCGAGAUAUCCUGCGUGGUACGUCAGCCAAGCGCAUUUCACAGCGUUUGCGACCGCUGGAUGGUGCGUGUUUGCCACAUUUAGCACAAAUUGCGAACGAGCUCACAGGCUCCUAUGCCUACCCAUCACGCACGCCACACUCACAACUAGCUCUUUCACUGCAUAUGCAAACAGAUCGCAUUUCCAUGCUCCUGACGCAACUCUUCCAUGACUCUCACCUCUUGCUCUAUGGCGUAGGAGAUAAAGUGCAGAUCUUACGUACAAUUAUCGAGCGAGCUACGAAAGAGUAUAGUAGCGCUGGUGUCCUGAUCCAAGGGACCACAGGCCGUGUAUGGCAGCCUGACAAGGUGCUUGACGCCAUCGAGCAGGCAUUGGGCAUGUCGACGGUGGUGUGGCCUAUACCCCCUGAGCCUGCUUCUGGCAAGCUCUCGCGUGCCAUGCAGCGUGUUCGUCGUAUUGCUGAAUUCUUGGCGUAUGCAGCCAACGGUUCCUCGGAACCUCUUCCACAACGACUGGUCCUUGGAUUGGUGUCGUUUGACAGCCCUCUCUUUCUUUCUACACGUCUGCAACCGUUGAUGCAUGCCUUGGCACAGUGUGAGCGCGUGCACAUCGUGGCCAGUGUCUCCCAUGUGAAUGCAGGUCUCCUGUUUGAUGGCAUGCAUGGCAUGUUUGGCCAUGGCGUAGCUGGCCAAGCGGAAGUACCCUUGUCACGUAUGCUGGGCGAAGAUGCGCCUGUUCGAUCUCUUCGUGCUCCGUGGCUAUGGCACGCUACUUCCACGUAUAUCCCACCCAUCGCCGAGUUGGUACAAGCACGUGGCGCAGCGGCUGGUGUCCCAGCGCUGUCUGGCCUUGCUGCGUUGAAAUUGCCUGCGGCGGUGGAUUUGGCAGGUGGGCGAGCACGCGCAGCGCCUGGUGCUUCAAUUGCUACGGCUGUUGCUCAGCCGAUUUCCGAGACGGCAGCGAUCCAGGUCUUGAGUACGAUUACAUCGCGGGCUCGCAGUCUAUUUUCGCAAUUGGCGGCCCUACAGCUGGUCGAAAUGUCGACCUUGAACGACGAAUCUACGCCUGCACGUAUUCCGUACUCGUCGCUGGUUCGUGAGGCGCUGCGUGAGUUUGUUGCGUCGUCCGACGAGGGUGUGCGUCAGCUGCUUGGUGAGAUGGUCGAUCACGGUUUGGUGAUUGUCACACGCGGCGCGGCUACCGUCACGAGCAGUCACGCGAUUGCCGUCGGCGACGAGCUAUUUAUACCCCUCCCUGUGCCGGCCCUGGAGCAAGUCCUGGCACAGGUUGCCUAA